AUGGUCAAAUUCGUUUUCAGUCUUUCAGCCAUGGCUUUUCAGAAAGUUUUUUGGGCUUCUGUAUUCUUCACCUUUCUGCAUUCACUGCUUUUCAUUGUAGCAGUUGAUGUCACAAAUAUGACCAUCGAUGAGUAUGUCAAUUACAUCAACCCCCCUGCACUGCACAACUAUGAGGACGAGUUUGGGGACAGCAUACUGUGUGUAAAGCAUAGCGAUCAGAUAUCCCUUAACCCAGAGGGGCAUAGUAAGAAAAGCUCAGACAUCUCAUACAAGGGAUUGAACAUUUCAGUAAAAAGGUGCCCAGAGGGAACUAUCUCUGUUAGAGAGAUAAAGCACCAACAUGUUGAAAGAGCAGGAUCUGUAGCUCGCUUCCUAGGGCAAACCAAAAGUUUGGAUGCCUCUGAUGACGAUAGUGUUCAGGAGUAUGCUUACGUUCAAUUCAAUGCGGGUGCUGCCACUAAAGCUGAAGCUUUCAUUAACACAUGGUCUCCUUAUGUGACGUCUGACGCCAUAUACAGUCGUAGUCAGAUGUGGGUUAUGUCUGCAGAUCAGACACAAAUAUUGGUGUCUGGCUGGCAAGUUUAUCCAGAAUUGUAUCAAGAUGAGAGACCACGACUUUUUACUUAUUGGACGGCUGAUGGUUUUGAAACAUCAGGUUGCUAUGAUCUAUCUUGUCCAGGGUUUGUGGUGGCAAGUGGCUCACAAAUUCAGCCUGGUAGCCCAAUAAAAGAUAUAUCUAUAGAUGGUGGAACACAAUAUUCAUUUUCCUUACGAAUGAGCCUAGAAAUCCAAUCCAACACUCCUGUGUGGGCAUUAUAUGCUAGUAACAACCUUGUUGGUUAUUGGAAUACGUCUUUCAUACCAUCAUUGGGAAAAUUUGGUGAUCAAGUUGCUUUUGGAGGUGAGGUUAAGUUUCAUUCCAAAGGUGCUGGGACUCCACAUACAAAUACAGAUAUGGGUAGUGGGCACUUUCCAGGGAGCGGUGAUAAAAAAGUAGCACAUAUUAGGGAAAUCAAAAUAAGUGAUACUUCUGGAAAGGAAAUUGAUCCAUCAUCAGAAAUUAUGCAUAAUCAUAAAGAAUGUUAUGAUGUACAAUAUAAUGUUUAUGAGGAACCAUAUGGGCAUACUAUCUUUUUUGGAGGCCCUGGAGGAGAUGUUCCUCAAUGUCACAACAUAGGCAUAUAG